UUAUUAUUCCUACCCUAAAUCUCUCCAUCUCUCUCUUAAAAAUCAUCAUACAUGAUGAGUUGCAACGGAUGUAGAAUACUUCGAAAAGGAUGCAAUGAAAAGUGCAUAUUGAGAGAAAGCAUACAAUGCAUGGAGAGCCCCCAAUCUCAAGCCAACGCCACCCUCUUCGUCGCCAAAUUCUUCGGCCGCGCCGGCCUCAUCUCCUUCCUCUCCUCCGUCCCCCACUCCCAACGACCCGCUCUUUUCCAAUCUCUCCUCUUUGAAGCGUGCGGGAGGACGGUCAACCCGGUCAACGGAGCGGUGGGCUUGCUCUGGACGGGCAAUUGGCACGUGUGCCAGUCCGCGGUGGAGACGGUCCUCCGCGGCGGAGUCAUCCGCCCCUUGCCGGAGUUCGAGGAGGGAUCGUCGCCGGAGACUAACGAGAAUAAUUCUCUCUACGCAUCGCGAGAUUUGAACAAGAGGCUCAAAGCAUCGGAAGGUGAAGCGAGAAGCAGGGGGAGGAAGAGACCGGCUACGCCUUCGGAUGAGUCCGAAACGACGACGUUGGAGAGCGGCUAUGAUUUGCAGCUGAAUCGCCAUGAACAACGUGAUGAAGCCAAGCUUCUAAGGCUCUUUUCUUAGUUGUUUUUUUUUUAAUUAACAUUCGGUUUUUUAACGAAAUCUUGAGUUGGAGUAUCUUUUCUUCUUUUUAUUUAGUUUAAUAAUUUGUGAUA